AUGAGCUCCCUCGCGACCGCCCGCCUCACCGAGGAGCGCAAGCAGUGGCGCAAGGACCACCCCUUUCCUGAAAGGCGGCGGUCGUGCGCCGCCAGGAAGGUUAUUGCGUUACCGCAAUACCUUCCUGGUGCUAUGUGGGUCACUCGGAUGGACAUCUGCGAGCUGCCCGGUUUCUACGCCAAGCCCAUGAAGAAUGACGAUGGCACACUCAACAUGAUGAAGUGGGAGGUGGGAAUUCCCGGCAAGGAGGAGGUGGGUAUAGCUCUGCCAAACGAACGAGCUGACAAGCAGACCGACUGGGAGGGCGGCGUCUACGUCGUCAAGAUGGAGUUCCCGACUGAGUACCCCACCAAGCCCCCCAAGUGCAAGUUCGACCCUCCCCUUUUCCACCCCAACGUCUACCCCUCCGGCACCAUCUGUCUCUCGAUCCUGGACGAGGAGAAGUCGUGGAAGCCCGCUAUUACCAUCAAGCAGAUUGUUCUCGGCAUCCAGGACUUGCUUGACAACGCCAACAUUGGCGACCCCGCGCAGAUUGACGCCUACCAGAUGUUCAAGAACGACCGCCCCGCGUAUAACAAGCGCAUUAAGAUUCAGGCCAUCGAGCGCAGGCAGAAGUAA